AUGGGUAUUCUUACUGUGAUCGAGGAUCGGCCGACGCCCCCUCAAGUCUACAACUGGCGCAUUUAUCUGCUUGCGGCCGUCGCUUCUUGUGCCUCAUGCAUGAUCGGCUAUGACAGUGCCUUCAUUGGACAGACUGUUGAAUUGCAAUCAUUCCGCGACGAAUUUCACUUUGAGGAAUGGUCUGUAACUAAACAAAACCUCGUCAAGGCCAACAUCGUCUGCCUCUACCAGGCCGGUGCCUUCUUCGGUGCCCUAUUUGCCUAUCCCAUUGGCUUUUACUGUGGUCGGAAAUGGGGCCUGUGGAUUACUGGUAUCAUUUUCACUCUGGGUGCUGGGUUGAUGCUGGGGGCUAAUGGGAGCCGUGGCUUUGGUUUGCUGUAUGCUGGGCGUGUCCUGGCCGGCAUAGGUGUUGGGUCAGGCUCGAACUUAACUCCAAUUUAUAUUUCAGAAUUAUCGCCACCCGCAAUUCGUGGGCGACUGGUCGGUAUCUAUGAAUUGGGAUGGCAGAUUGGGGGUUUGGUCGGGUUCUGGAUUAACUUUGGCGUUUCGCAACACCUCCCUGAAAACCACGAACAAUGGAUCAUUCCAUUUGCUGUCCAACUUAUCCCCUCUGGUCUUCUCCUGAUUGGUGUCGUGUUGAUCCGCGAAUCUCCCCGCUGGCUAUUCGGCCGCGGGCGCCGCCAGGAAGCCAUUAAGAACCUGUGCUGGAUACGUCAACUUUCUGAACACGAAGUUUACAUUGUUGAGGAAAUCAGGGCCAUUGACCAGGCUAUUGAGGAGCAAAAUGCUCAGAUCGGCACCGGUUUUUGGAACCCUUUUCAGGCGGCCGGCACCAAUCCCAGGGUCAUGUGGCGGCUGUUCUUGGGCUUCAUGCUCUUUUUCUGGCAAAAUUGCUCUGGCAUUAAUGCCAUCAACUAUUACAGCCCCACAGUUUUCAAGAGUAUUGGAAUUACUGGCUCCCUGAAUCAGCAAAUGUCCGGCAUUUUUGGUGUCGUCAAGACAGUCGUCACUGGACUCUGGUUGUUGUUCCUUAUCGACCGCGUAGGGCGCCGCAAUUUGCUUAUUGGGGGCGCCAUUGGUGGCUCUAUCAGCUUGUGGAUUAUCGGCGCCUACAUCAAGGUCAAAGACCCCGAACACAAUCCCACCGCCAAGCUCGACAGCGCCGGUAUCAUGGCAAUUGUUUUCUUUUACAUUUACACUGCCAUGUUUUCUCCUACCUGGAAUGGUACACCAUGGGUUUUGAACUCGGAAAUGUUUGAUCCUAAUAUGCGUUCUCUGGCGCAGGCUGUCGCCUCCUCCAGCAAUUGGUUGUGGAACUUUCUCAUCUCCCGUUUCACACCACAAAUGUUUGCUCAAAUGGGCUAUGGCGUUUAUUUUUUCUUCGCUACCCUCAUGAUCUUCUCUGUUUUCUUUGUGUUUUUCUUCAUCCCCGAGACAAAGGGUGUGCCGUUGGAACGUAUGGACCGGUUGUUCGAAAUGAAGCCCAUCUGGCGCGCGCAUGGCUGUAUCAUUGUGCAGUUGCGGGAGGAAGAGGCAGAAUUUCGCUCUGCGAUUCAGGAUUUCACUUUAUACAACGGUAAAUCGAGAGACGAAUUUGUUGAGACGGCAUGA